GAUGACUCUGGGAUAGAAUGCUCUGCCCUGCGCCUCUGCCGUCGAAAUGACGUAGACUUCCCUGUCGAUCGCCGAGCGGUAGUUUCGGCAGCGCUCCCUGAUCCGCAGCCUUGCAGGAGGAGCCGCCAGCCAGGGCCGCGUCGGAACCAUGUUUCGCAACCAGUAUGACAAUGAUGUCACUGUUUGGAGCCCUCAGGGCAGGAUUCAUCAAAUUGAAUAUGCCAUGGAAGCUGUCAAACAAGGUUCAGCCACAGUUGGUCUGAAAUCAAAAACCCAUGCAGUACUGGUUGCAUUGAAGAGAGCACAGUCAGAGCUUGCAGCUCAUCAGAAAAAAAUUCUCCAUGUCGACAACCAUAUUGGUAUUUCAAUUGCGGGACUUACUGCUGAUGCUAGACUGCUAUGUAAUUUUAUGCGCCAGGAGUGUUUGGAUUCCAGAUUUGUAUUUGACAGACCUCUUCCUGUGUCUCGUCUUGUAUCUCUAAUUGGAAGCAAGACCCAGAUACCAACACAAAGAUAUGGCCGAAGACCAUAUGGUGUUGGACUGCUUAUUGCUGGUUAUGAUGAUAUGGGCCCUCAUAUUUUCCAAACCUGUCCGUCAGCUAACUAUUUUGACUGCAGAGCUAUGUCCAUUGGAGCCCGUUCUCAAUCAGCUCGUACUUACUUGGAGAGACAUAUGUCUGAGUUUAUGGAGUGCAAUUUGAAUGAACUGGUUAAGCAUGGUCUGCGUGCUUUAAGAGAGACACUUCCUGCAGAACAAGAUCUAACUACAAAGAAUGUUUCCAUUGGAAUUGUUGGUAAAGACUUGGAGUUUACGAUUUAUGAUGAUGAUGAUGUGUCUCCAUUCCUGGAAGGCCUUGAAGAAAGGCCACAGAGAAAGGCACAGCCUGCUCAACCUGCUGAUGAACCUGCAGAAAAGGCUGAUGAACCAAUGGAGCAUUAAGUGAUAAUCCCCCAGUCCAUAUGUGUAUUAGCAAAUGCGUAAGAAUGCAGGAACAUGUACUGAUGACAAUAUUCUAUACUUUGAACCAAAUGGUAUGUUUUAGGAAUCAGUCCAGAUGUGAGGUUUCAAAUUGCAAGCAGCUUCACUGAAACCAUAUAAUGGGAUGCAUUUUUUUUUUUUUGGAGAGGGUCUAUAUAAUCAUUUUCUAGAAAGUACAGUUGCCUUUACUAAUGUUUUUAUAUGAAGAACUCAUUGUCUUUCUGGUUUUAAAUACAACUGUGAAAUAAAAUUGUUUCAUUGGCUGGUA